AUGGCCACCUCCCUGAUGGCUGUUUUGUUCCAGACAGACAAGCCUCCAGAUGUUUCCGGUGUGGAGGCUGGAGGGACAGAUGCUUUUGGCUCGACUGGGGUGGACCGACACUCCAUUCAAUGGUCCCAAAGCGGAACCCCGCCCCGCUUGGUCACAGAGACCAUCACAGUGCCAGGCAAAGAACAUCCAUCUGCCAUAAAACAGAGUAAUUAUCAUCAAUGUUUGAUGAUGUUUGACAUUCUCAGUCGAUGUUUUAGCAGGAUCACUAACCGAUUCUGUGGUGGUAGAGUAGAUCUAGGGGGGAGGGUUGGGGGGAGACCGUAGCGUUUCCACAUCCUCAGCCUUCCAUAGUUACACACUUGUCCUGAUCUCUGUUACAGGGUUACAACUGGGUCAUACUCAAUGGUAGUGAUGGGGGGGAAAUAAUCGAUACAGUUACAUAUCAAGAUAUUAUAUUGAUAUUUGACUCGAAGUAUCCAUUUGUAAAAUACAUUUAUACUUGGUAGCGGUAGCUAGCACUAGUCGGCUGUUCUAAAAUGUUUCAUCCUAUAGCUUGUUCUCCAUCUUUUUAAAGUGAGCCAACACAUUUUCAGCACUUAUUUCCAUGACUGAUCAAAACACAUUUUCUCAUGCCCUCUCUUGUCGCUCUGCAGCAGACAUACUGUAUAGUGAGCAAUAUGUUUGGAACAUCAAAUAAAAUCACAGUAUCGAAUCGCAAUACAUAUAGAAUCGUGAGAAUCGCAAUAGAUAUCGUAUCAGCACCUAAGUAUCGUGAUAAUAUCUUAUUGUGAGUUUCCUAGCAAUUCCCAGCCCUACUCAAUGGGUCUUCUUUAAUAUGAAAUGUUUUGCAUAAACCUCAUAUAACCUCCGGCGAGUAAUGUUGCGCUGUGAAAAAUAAUUUCAUUUUUGUCUAUUUGGUCUACGCUUCAUCGGGGAGCAGGGCAGCAGCAAGGGGUCCACUGCUAACUGAGACAUCUGUCUGUCUGGUCGGGGUGAAGUGCUGCUGACAGAUAGCAGAAUACAUGGUCCUGAGUCCUCAAGGUAGCUUAACCUCCUCUAUCCAAGCACAUGCUGGUAUGGUUUACUUAUGGUACAUGCAGCUAUGACAAUCUCCAUUUGAUACCAUUUAUAUGAUGAAAUAGGUAGGUACAGCAGGUCACCCAUAACCUGUCACCCAAAUAAUAACAAUGUCACAUAAUUAUAGUCAGAAAGAUAAUGUCACAUACUGACAUUGAGCACCUAAGAUGAUCACAUUUCUCAUGUCUUCCCGUUAGAAAAUCACAAAUCAACAGAGAGAGACGGACAAAGGCAGUAAAGCAAAAUUCCAAUCAGGUAGAUGGCACGGCACCCACCUUUUCCCGUCUCUGGUAGUCUUGUAACACUGAUUAAGGUACACAUGAGAAGUGUGCAUUAAUUCACGGUUAAGCAGCUUGCUGUCUUCCGGAGCAUGAAAAAAAAGGGCAAAAUAGUGUAAAUUAUGGGUUGGGGGAGGGGGAGGAAGGCAAACAGGCACAGAGGGUGCUUUCUCUCAUCUCAACAGCCUUGGGUCCUCUCACUUGUUUUGUUCAUUAAUGCCUAAUGUGACGGAACACCACUUGUCUCUCCCUUCACAAAUGACACCGAUGACAACAGAAUAGGAAAUGAUGGGCUGCUGGGAGAAUUAUUAAUUGUUUUAUUGCUUGUAACGUUUGUACUAGGUCCUAGCAUGUAUAAGGCAGCCCAUUGACUAUACAGUACACAAUAUAUACAAAAGUAUGUGGACACCACUUCAAAUUAGUGGAUUCUGCUAUUUCAGCCACACCCGUUGCUGACAGGUGUAUACAAUCGAGCACAUAGCCAUGCAAUCGCCAUAGACAAAUAUUGGCAGUAGUAUGGCCUUACUGAAGAGCUCCGUGACUUUCAACGUGACAUCGUCAUAGGAUGUGGUAAUGUCUAGGAGCAACAACGGCUCAGCUGCGACGUGGUAGGCCACACAAGCUGACAGAACGGGUCCGCCGAGUGCUGAAGAGCGUAGCGUGUGAAAAAUUGUCUGUCCUCUGUAGCAACACUCACUACCGAGUUUCCAAACUGCCUCUGAAAGCAACGUCAGCACAAGAACUGUUCGUUGGGAGCUUCAUGAAAUGGGUUUCCAUGGCCCUAGCAGCCAAGCGUCGCCUGGAGUGGUGUAAAGCUUGCCGCCAUUGGAUGCCAGGAGAACGCUACCUGUCCGAAUGCAUAGUGCCAACUGUAAAGUUUGGUGGAGGAGGAAUAAUGGUCUGGGGCUGUUUUUCAUGAUUCAGGCCAGGCCCCUUAGUUCCAUUGAAGGGAAAUCAUAACGCUAUAGAAUACAAUGACAUUCUAGACGAUUCUGUGCUUCCAACUUUGUGGCAACAGUUUAUCUUAUCACUCUUUCGCCUCUUAGGGGCCGAUUUGCCAUAUGUUUCAGUGUGAAAGGUUUCUGACUUUCCUAAAGUAUUUCUUAGCAUUACAUCCCCCUCAUUUUGUAGAUAAGAGGUCAGUAGAGAGAUGUUCUUAGUUUGUCUCAGCCAGCCACACCCCAUGGUUUGAGUGUUAGACUAGUGCACAGAGCUGUCAGUCUCCUGAGUCCUCCCCAACUAUAAUCCCUCAGUGCUUGUCCCUGCUGGCCUGCUCUGCACUGACGACUGCCUCCCUCUUGCUGAGUUGGGAUGGUCAUGGAGGAGUAACAGCUGGGCCAGAGAGCCGUCUCUCCCUAAACAGCGGAAACUUCUCCAGCUGUCAUCUGCUCUCUCCCAUAUGACCCGGCUCUCCUUCCAGCUGCCGCCCUGGCCUCCCACACGUUAACCCACUUCCACCGCAGGAGACCACGCUCGCCGUUUGCUCCGGUGUGUGUGUCUGUGUGCUGCUGGGACCGGGACUGACCCCCCCACUAAGAAGCCACCCCAGCACAUAAUGGGUUCAAUGCAACCCCUGGCUCCCUGAACAAACUAUUAGGCUCUGGUCUCACAGGAGAUUGAGAGACACUUUAGGUGUUGUUUUUUUCUCUGGCGACCUCAGAGAACUUGGCUCGUACGUGACUCGUAUGUAGCUCAUGCAGUUUAAAGUUUCAAAAUGCCUUUGCUGCACCAAACUCUCUUGCAAGGUGACGCCAUGCGAAAAACAAAACUUAACACAUGUUCACUGCGCUUUCCAUACUAAACGAACAGUAAGCGCAUCUUAGCUAAAACAUUUGUCAGUGCAUUCAGAAAGUAUUCAGACCCCUUGACUUUUUCCACAUUUUGUUACGUUACAGCCUUAUUCUAGUAUUCAGACCCUUUGCCAUGAGACUCAAAAUUGAGCUCCGGUGCAUCCUGUUUCCAUUGAUCAUCCUUGAGAUGUUUCUACGACUUGAUUGGAGUCCACCUGUGGUAAAUUCAAUUGAUUGGACAUUAUUUGGAAAGGCACAAACCUGUUUAUAUAAGUUCCCACAGUUGACAGUGCAUGUCAGAGCAAAAACCAAGCCAUGAGGUCGAAGGAAUUGUCCGUAGAGCUCAGAGACAGGAUUGUGUUGAGGCACAGAUCUGGAGAAGGGUACCAAAAAAUGUCUGCAGCAUUGAAGGUCCCCAAGAACACAGUGGCCUCCAUCAUUCUUAAAUGGAAGAAGUUUGGAACUACCAAGACUCUUCUUAGAGCUGGCCGCCCUGCCAAACUGAGCAAUCGGGGGAGAAGGGCCUUGGUCAGGGAGGUGACCAAGAACCCGAUGGUCACUCUGACAGAGCUCCAGAGUUCCUCUGUGGAGAUGGGAGAAUCUUCCAGAAGGACAACCGUCUCUGCAGCGUUUGCCAAAAGGCACCUAAAAGACCCUGACCAUGAGAAACAAGAUUUUCUGGUCUGAUGAAACCAAGAUUGAACUAUUUGGCCUGAAUGCCAAGCGUCACGUCUGGAGGAAACCUGGCACCAUCCCUACGGUGAAGCAUGGUGGUGGCAGCAUCAUGCUGUGGGGAUGUUUUUCAGAGGCAGGGACUUGGAGACUAGUCAGGAUCGAGGAAAAGAUGAACGGAGCAAAGUACAGAGAGAUCCUUGAUGAAAACCUGCUCCAGAGCGCUCAGGACCUCAGGCUGGGGCGAAGGUUCACCUUCCAAAAGGACAACGACCCUAGGCACAAAGCCAAGACAACGCUUCGGGACAAGUCUCUGAAUGUUCUUGAGUGGCCCAGCCAAAGCCCAGACUUUAACCAGAUCGAACAUCUCUGAAGAGUCUUGAAAAUAGCUGUGCAGCGACGCUCCCCAUCCAACCUGACAGAGCUUGAGAGGAUCUGCAGAGGAGAAUGGGAGAAACUCCCCAAAUACAGGUGUGCCACGCUUGUAGCGUCAUACCCAAGAAGACCCAAGGCUGUAAUCACUGCCAAAGGUGCUUCAACAAAGUACUGAGUAAAGGGUCUGAAUACUUAUGUAAAUGUGAUAUUUGCUAACAUUUCAUAAAAACUGUUUUUGCUUUGUCAUUACAGUGAGGGGAAAAAAUAGUUGAUCCCCUGCUGAUUUUGUAUGUUUGCCCACUGACAAAGACAUGGUCAGUCUAUAAUUGUAAUGGUAGGUUUAUUUGAACAGUGAGAGACAGAAUAACAACAACAAAAUCCAGAAAAACGCAUGUCAAAAAUGUUAUAAAUUGAUUUGCAUUUUAAUGAGGGAAAUUAGUAUUUGACCCCUCUGCAAGACAUGACUUAGUACUUGGUGGCAAAACCCUUGUUGGCAAUCACUGAGGUCAGACGUUUCUUGUAGUUGGGAUUUUGUUCCACUCCUCUUUGCAGAUCUUCUCCAAGUCAUUAAGGUUUUGAUGCUGACGUUUGGCAACUCGAACCUUCAGCUCCCUCCACAGAUUUUCUAUGGGAUUAAGGUGGAGGCUGGCUAGGCCACUCCAGGACCUUAAUGUGCUUCUUCUUGAGCCACUCCUUUGUUGCCUUGGCUGUGUGUUUUGGGUCAUUGUCAUGCUGGAAUACCCAUCCAUGACCCAUUUUCAAUGCCCUGGCUGAGGGAAGGAGGUUCUCACCCAAGAUUUGACGGUACAUGGCCCCUUCCAUCGUCCCUUUGAUGCGGUGAAGUUGUCCUGUCUCCUUAGCAGAAAAACACCCCCAAAGCAUAAUGUUUCCACCUCCAUGUUUGACGGUGGGGAUGGUAUUCUUGCGGUCAUAGGCAGCAUUCCUCCUCCUCCAAACACAGCGAGUUGAGUUGAUGCCAAAGAGCUCGAUUUUGGUCUCAUCUGACCACAACACUUUCACCCAGUUCUCCUCUGAAUCAUUCAGAUGUUCAUUGGCAAACUUCAGACGGGCCUGUAUAUGUGCUUUCUUGAGCAGGGGGACCUUGCGGGCGCUGCAGGAUUUCAGUCCUUCACGGCGUAGUGUGUUACCAAUUGUUUUCUUGGUGACUAUGGUCCCAGCUGCCUUGAGAUCAUUGACAAGAUCCUCCCGUGUAGUUCUGGGCUGAUUCCUCACCGUUCUCAUGAUCAUUGCAACUCCACGAGGUGAGAUCUUGCAUGAAGCCCCAGGCCGAGGGAGAUUGACAGGUCUUCUGUGUUUCUUCCAUUUGCGAAUAAUCGCACCAACUGUUGUCACCUUCUCACCAAGCUACUUGGCCAUUGUCUUGUAGCCCAUUCCAGCCUUGUGUAGGUCUACAAUCUUGUCCCUGACAUCCUUGGAGAGCUCUUUGGUCUUGGCCAUGGUGGAGAGUUUGGAAUCUGAUUGAUUGAUUGCUUCUGUGGACAGGUGUAUUUUAUACAGGUAACAAGCUGAGAUUAGGAGCACUCCCUUUAAGAGUGUGCUCCUAAUCUCAGCUCGUUACCUGUAUAAAAGACACCUGUGAGCCAGAAAUCAUUCUGAUUGAGAGGGGGUCAAAUACUUAUUUUGAAUCCAUUUUUGAAUAAGGCUGUAACGUAACAGUCCCGUGUAGCUCAGUUGGUAGAGCAUGGCGCUUGCAACGCCAGGGUUGUGGGUUCGAUUCCCACGGGGGACCAGUAUGAAAAUGUAUGCACUCACUAACUGUAAGUCGCUCUGGAUAAGAGCAUCUGCUAAAUGACUAAAAUGUAAAUGUAAUAAAAUGUGGAAAAAGUCAAGGGGUCUGAAUACUUUCUGAAUCCACUGUACAUUUCACAUGCUAAUAGUUGCAUUUGAAAAAAUGUCAAGUACUCAUUAGUAAUCGAAUACAAACCUUGAAUCGAGUACUCGCGCCCAACUCUAGUCUAGAGUUGAAGAAACCUUGUAUCCAGAAUAUAGGAGUUAAACAACUUUUCCUUUUUGUGUCUUGCAGGAACAACAUCGAAAAUGAUGAAGCUUAGAGAGGAGCCCAGCGACUAUGCAGACCAGCCCAGAGGGAAGAGUCUGAUCAACAACAGCACACUGGUCCCGGUCAAAGGCAUCAGCAACCUAGGAAACACCUGCUUCUUUAAUGCAGUUAUGCAGGUACGGUCAUUAUGGGAUUGGUUUGUGUACCGUAAACAUUAUGUCACUGGUGAGGCUGCUUAUGAAAUGCAACCAUAGGGAUAAGGUAAUGUCGAAGAGAGUCUUUACCACUGGUGUAAUAAAGGUGUGCUCAUGGGGUAUCGUCUCCAAAACACAUUUUUGUUAAUGUCAUAGCAUUGUGUGUCUUUAUUAAUGCCAGCAUUACAGAAGCCCUGAUGAAGGCAGCGUAGCAUCGGAGCUACAGUGUGCUGCUUUUCUUUUCAAAGUGUUUUGCUCCACCAGCCAGCAACUAGCUAACCCUGUGGUGUGUUUUCCCGUCUCCUGGCUAUAUGAAAGCCACAAUGGUCAAUCUUGAUCAGGUGUGCUUCUUAAAGCAGCCCGUUUGUAGAGGGCAACAGAAGUUUCCUUUUCUAAAAUGGUAGAGUAGGCUUUAAACCCUAUUGCAAGAUUUCCAUGUGACAUCUGUCUAGGGCAGUGGUACCCAAACUGUGGGGGGCGCGAGGGGUCGGCAGGUCCGACUUUCAACUUACUCUUGAAAGUUGAAAUAGUAGAAUGCACAAGGUGCACUUUCGAAAUUGAGUAGUGCAUUAUCAGUUUUCCUCAUGUCAGUCAUUGCAUACCUUAGAAAACUAUUUAUAACUUGUCAGAAAUGUCCAGAUCAACUAGCCCAUGUCAGCUAACAUGUUUUAGCUAGGUUUGUUAGCCCAUAGAUGAUGUUGUAAUGUUUGAGUCACUCAAAUAUCACAUGAAUAAACAUUAGACAUGGCAAAAUGUAUAGAAUUGCAAGAAAAUGAGCUUUAAAACGUGCAACAUUUUCUCUCCCCCAACAAGAGGGGUGUCAAUAGUUUGUGUCAUGAACAGUGCUUGUGCCCAUAGAAAUAGACGUUGCGCGCACGCAGGGGGGCGUGGGAUGUACCCCAAUUCUGGAAGGGGGGCCUGAGUGAAAAGGUUUGGGAACCCCUGGUCUAGGGAAUAGUGUACUGUAAACAUGGUGGCUGGUCAAAGUGGUAUGUCAAGUGCUGCUCCUCCCUACAGUAAAAUACCAUAACAUACCAGCCAUCAGCAACACAUGAAAGGCUUGUAUCAACAGGUUCUGCCAUAAUGCCAUCGUCCAUUAUAACAUAUUUUUUUUAUGUCUUUACAAUACAGUUGUAUAGGCAAGGACAAGUUAUGCAUAUAUAGUACAAGGGUAUUUUAAAUGCAUAUGUGUGACUCAUCUAUCCACACGAGAAUAGGACUGGUAUGGAGCACAUUCUCUAAGGUGCAUUGUGUGUUGGCUGUCUGCUCUUGGGGAUUUGAAACGUACAAUCCCUUCCCGUUUUCCGCCAUUUUGUUAAUCACCUUCUGGAGCGCUCUCAUGAUUGAAACCAGACCGAACAUUCUUUCUUUACAUGUUUUUUUUUCUCUCUUUCUAUUCUCAUUGUCUCCUUCAAAAUUGCAAUUUUGCUGGUGAAACAACAUAAUUGUCUGAGAAAAAGCUCACACUACUGAAGCCAUUGUGUAUUUUCCAUAGCAACUGUCUUCAUUGCCAGGAUGUGACAAAACAACUGUCGUUUGAAAGGGAAGAAAGAGAUGCUGCAGUAAUAUGAUGGGACAAUGGUGGCUCUGGGUUAUCCUUUCUGUGUUUCAGUCACAGCUCAUCGUUUCUUUGGAAAGGGCUUUUUUAGCAUAAUGAUAUUUAGGCUAACACCUGCCAGUUUCUCAGAAUGAAUAGAGAUUUUUCAAUUGUAGACCAGUUUUACCAAUCAUUUUUUUUUGCAUUUGUAAUAUUUUUCUGUUUUUAUUAUUUUUUGUGAAGAGAUGAUGAAAUAAAAAGGAAGAAGUGCAGGAAGAUGUUCAUUCAUGAUUCUUCUAACUGAUAAGAAAAUAUUCUGUCCUGUCCAUGCAGAUGAAAACGAUGAUGACUAGAUUCAUGUGAAUGCGUUAAUAAUGGCUGAUUUCUGUCCAUCAGAAUCUGUCCCAGACUCACAUGCUGAACGACCUGAUACAGGAUGUGAAGGAGAAGGGACACAAGCUGAAGAUCUGCCCCCCUGCUGAGUCAAACGUGGUACGUUCCACCAUCAAAAACCUCUCCCUCAUCCACUUGGUAUAGUCCAGUCCCCUUUAAUCCUGUCCAGUCCACCACUAUAGUCUUAUACUGUACAUGGCACAGGAAGCCACUUAGUACUGUCUAUAUGGGUGGUUCUUUUUAUUAUUAGCAUAACAGGCUAUCGUAAAUAACCCUUGAGUCAUGUUGUAGCCCUCCCCCAAUGUCUCCAGUCAUCUGUAAAAUGCAGUCAAGCCCAUUCAGCUUCUCCAUGGUAGUGCAACACUCUGUAUGAAAUACAUGCCUUGUCUAACACUCAUAUGUUUGCUCGCUCUCUCGCUCUCCUUUCCUGUGGUUGUCCUUCAGGGGGCGUUGACGGUGACCCUGCCCAGCCCGGAGCCCCUGACCUCGGCCAUGUUCCUCUUCCUACACAGCAUGAAGGAGUCUGGGAAGGGCCCUGUCAACCCCAAGAUCCUUUUUAACCAGCUCUGCCAGAAGUAAGAAUCUACAUUGUUCUGCAUUUGUCUUUAUUUUAUGUAUUGGCCAUCUCACAGCAUUGGUGUUGAUUGGGCCGGAACCCGGUAUAGGCUAUUGUAUAGCCAUGGGUGUGGACUUGACCUACUUCCUGAGCUGGUCCAUACUAAAAGAUAGUAAUGAAAAUAACAUAUGUGGGCUGCCCUGUAGGGUGCCAGAGGAGGCACUACAGACCUGUAAAAGGUUGGCUAAGCUUUCAUAACUAUAUUCUCUUUCAUCGUGUACUAAUAACAAACUUGAUCACCAAGAGAUAUCAAUCGUUUUUGUUACCAUCAAUUCUUCCUUACUUGAGUGAUGAAAUCACCACUGCGCAACAUUGCGCUGUGGUUACGGCGUCAGCGGUGCAUCAAUGUUAGCCACACAGCCUCAUGUGCAGACAAGCUGCCCCACUCCCAAGGUUAGAGGUCACCGUGCCCCAACUGGUCUGGCGCUUCUCCAUCGCCGUAGCAACAGUCAACCACGCAGUACAGGCAGGGUCCACAGCUUUUACCUGCCCUAUUGUCAAGCUGCCAUGGCGAACACUUCAGAGAAGAGGUUUUCUCAACCUGCUGGACUCUACCAGCACCUGGUCCAUCCAGUUUUCAGUCCACCCUGCUCCCCAACGCUGGUCAACACUAAACCCAUUAACACCAGUACCCACUCCACACAGUAGACCUCACUGCACAAAAUGGCUCUGAUGCACUCUGCUUCCAGCUGCAAUCAAAACAGCAUGGCAUGUCCCUGUUCUCUUUAACACCACCUGUGUUCGUGUUUGAACCUGAGCGUGGUAAACCAGCUGCUUGGCUGGCCCGGCCAGCCCUCCCAGUUUCAUGGUGAACGCUUAUGAACACGGGGCUCUUUGAACAUGCUGAGCGGUUGGUUAGGUCUCUCUUUGAACGUGUGGUGAAUGGUUGGUUGGCUCUUGUUGUUGGAACAUGGUGAACGGCUGGUUUGGCCCAGGCUGGCUGUAGUGUGUGGGGCCUGUUGGGUUAGGUAGGACCGGGCUCUGUACAGUUGGCUGUGUCUGGGUGGGAUGAGGAACGUUCGGAUGGCUGGAGCGCGGAGCCUGUCAGCCGGCUGGGUGCCUCUGCUGUGUCCAGGUACCAGCCUUCCAUGUGUGUGUGUGUGUGAGAGCAAUGCCACCCCUCACCUGGUACCACCUCACCCCGUAGUGCACAUGCACUCAGCCGGGCGUACACAUAGACACAGCACGCAUGCACACACACACGUACACCAACACACAUUCACCCGGUAGACCUCAUUUCAUGCCCUUCCUCACGCUCACAUGCACACGCAUUCCUUAAAUCAAACCCUUCUUCCAUGCACACAUUCACUCGACACAUACAAAUGCACAUGCUACGCACCUCAUCCUAUGUUUCUACCCACACAUAUGAUUUGCCAUCGCACUCCCAUCCUUCACAAACAAUCUCUACAUCUCUCUCCUCAUUCUGUCUGUAACUGCAAGGUCAAGAGUCACUCCUCUAUACAGGGACAUUCUCCUGAUGCUGUUUAUGAUAUUUCUCCUGCAGCGUGUUGACCUUCGGAAUGGCUAAAGCCAUACACACUAGGCUGUGUGCAUGUCCAAUCCUCGUCUUUAUUUCCUGAGCUCUCCUAGCUCAGUGGUGUGUUGCCGGCCCUGACCUGGGAACGUGCACCCUAGUGCUUAACAACACACAGGCUGGUUAAAGGGGCUACUUGGGUAGGACUCCACGGUGUGUGUGUGUGUUUCUUUCUUUGGUAUUAGAGGCAGAUUGAGCCUAGUGUGUUGUGUUCACCCUUGACCAGCUGAGUCAGUCCCUGCCUGGCCUGCCCGUCUGGCUGCCCCUCUAUACCCAACGCCAGGCCCCCUGUGCCAGCUGGACGGGUCAGGCUCGGACCAGCGCCAGGCCCAGUGGUUUGGAGGGUCAACACCACACACUGUUUCUGGUGCCAGUGAGAGACUCAGCUUGUACCCAGACCCGCCACUAGGCCUAUGCUGCUGUGGUGGGGGAUGUGUGUAUGGUGCACGAGAGGAAAAAGCUCUACCAAAAAAAACGUUUAUUCUCAAAUCAUACAAAUUGUCAUACGACUUUGGGCAUUCAUUAAAGCUUCAUCUAGAGAAUAUUAUGUAUGCUUACACAGGAACACUCUUUUACCCCCCCAUUUUCCUUACACUAGCAUUCAGUUAUAAAAUAACACACACAAAAUACGAAAACACACUUGCACAAAUGCACUCUGCAAACACACACACACACAUACACAAUGACUGACCUCCUUUCAUGACUUCUAGGCUAUUUCUACCAACCUGUGUGUACAUCCAACGCAGUAGGAAAAUAGCAGGGUACAACAAUGAGCCAAAUCUCUAGCAGGCAGCCACACAAAGGCACAUGGCCACACAGGUCUGUACAUGCAUGGAAGAUCUCCUGCCGCUGAAGAAUUGAAGAACAGUCAUUCUCGCAAGGAAGGUCACAUUCAGCUGGUCUCACAAUGCCUGAUAAAUAAUGUCCACAUAGCUGCAGCUGCCUAUACAAGGCAUUCAUUCGAUUUCUGAUGUUACAUAUCACGCUUUUGUCUGUCCUUGUGAGGAAUAAUCUAUAUGUGAAUGAAUGAAAAGAGUCAAUACACUCAAUGUAGAGCGGUGGACAAAAAGCUGUAUUCAACAAUGUGAGAAUGGCAGAAGAGCGAGACCUUGAUAAGAAAUGGGCCUACACUUAUUUAAAGGAAUGACUUUCAUAAAUGAUUGCUUGUGGCACUGUGAAUGUGAUUACAUACGAGGCCGGGUGUUCUGUAAGUCAAAUAAGUGUUGAUUCUUAUGUUAUAAGAGUGUUUUUACAUGCUUAUGCUGGAUAGAUAAGUGGCUUUUAUCAUGUAAUUAUGUCUGUCAAUGUGAAAGUGACUCAAUGUAUAUGAUUUCUAUUUUGUAUUGAAAGUGUUUGUGAGUGUGUGUGUGCGCCCCUCUGCCUGUCGAGGUGGUGCAGCAUGCCGGGGUUGCCUUGCGUCUGGUACUAACUCAUCCGCUGUUAAUUGUGUGAGCACCGCAGCUGUCUGCAUUGGUCAGGGCCAGAUUGGGAGCAGCGCCACAGGGCCCUUCUGCCUCUCUUCCACUGGGAUGAGCUUCCAGACAGCCCCGUUCCCACUGAUCCCAUUGGAGCUGCUCGUCUGCCUCUCACCCGUCGCUGCUCCGUGCUCCACUCCCGGAAAAAAUACCCCAAGACUGCUGCGUGCCUCUCUGUCUGUCUUUUAAUCUCAAUUAUCACUAUGUGCCAACCAGAUACUGUACCAGUCCAACCCGCUUUGUGUUCGAGCUGUUAGAUAAGCAGAGUUGGGGAUGAGUGUGUUUGGCAUGCAUGCUUGAUAAAAAGCCGAAUUCCUACUAUAAUCCCCAUUGUAAUUCCCACUUCAGUUCAAUUUCUUUUUUACACUUCCUUUACACAGGAUACAAAAGAGGUGGCAAGCUAACAGCUCAAGUAUUAAGACAAGUUGGUCAUAUGAUAAGAAAACAUUCUUUAAAACCCAACACUCAUUUUGUACACAUUUGAAGGAAGAUAUUCCAUUAUAUGUUUUGGCAUCUUUAAAGGGGAUGAAAUGAGGGACAUAUGUGAUCCCCCCUCCGCCCCCCUUGCGUGUGGCAGAGAGAGGGCAAAGGGACAGAGGUAGAGAAGGGGGGCUGAGUUGGUCCUCUAGACCUCCUGCUCAUGACCUGUGUUGGGGGCAGGUGGCCAUUCGUCUCUCCCCCAGCUCCAGUCACUCAUUCUGGGGCUAGACGUCAACAUCCAUCACCACAUGGCAGAGAUUAUCCAGACUGUAGGCCCAUCCACUCUGCUACCAGUUAGAGGAUGAAUACCUCUGUUCUGAUUGGGUCUGGGAGCUCGCCAAGAGGAAUUGUUCACCAGUUCAAAGGGUAAAUCGUUUGGUUUCGUUUGCAUUGCAGGCCAAUCUGGACGGGUCAUUGGUCUGUAUGUAGAGAGGAUAUGACAUCGGAUCAGGAUGCUAUACCUGGGACAAUGAAGCCCCUAAAAUGCCUUUUAGGAGGACACAUUUCUCUGUGGAGAGCUGCUCAGGGGUGUUAUAAAGUACAUGUAGUACCAGUAUUCCAGUUAUCCAGUUAUCAAGACUGGUGAACACUAGAUGGUCAGAUGCUAGACUGGUAUCAAAGAGGCAACGAAUGUACUUGCCCUCCUCUCUGACCCUGUGCACUCAGAUAGCAUUGGCUUAGCAGUGGUCUGUGGUCCUCUCAGGUCAGCUGCAUGUUGUCCUGCCAGCCUGUCAGGCCAACCUGUUCUAUGGCUGUGUGGCUGGCGCUGCCCAACAGGUUGUGGUGGUGGCUCUGGCCCUGGCUGCCCAUCUGGCCCUAACAUCUGUCCCUACAUCUGUCCUGCUGUGGCCAGGGACAGGCUCAAGGAGAGCCCCCUCUACGAGCGCUGGUGCGUGAACACGCAGGAUGUCCACUGGCACCAUCGCCAUACAUUUUCACCCUUAGCUACAUGUACUGCUGGCGAAUGAUAAUGAUGGGAGAUAUGUGUACUCUAGACAGUAAAGUGCUUUCUAUUAAAGACAUUCUGAAUUGGCUUACACAGUAGUCUGUUGGUAAGCCCAGAAAUACCAUAGAGCUCCAUCGCUAACACCCAUUUUCACCUGCAAUGUCAAAUUUCAUUUGCAAAUACUUGCACAAGUCUAACAAUUAGCCACAUAAAUAAAGAAAUUCUCACGUAAACAUCAAAUAAUGAAUGUACAGUUGAAGUCGGAAGUUUACAUACCUUUAGCCAAAUAAAUUUAAACUCAGUUUUUCACAAUUCCUGACAUUUAAUCCUAGUAAAAAUUAUCUGUCUUAGGUCAGUUAGGAUCACCACUUUAUUUUAAGAAUGUGAAAUGUCAGAAUAAUAGUAGAAAGAAUGAUUUAUUUCAGCUUUUAUUUCUUUCAUCACAUUCCCAGUGGGUCAGAAGUUUACAUACACUCAAUUAGUAUUUGGUAGUAUUGUCUUUAAAUUGUUUAACUUGGGUCAAACGUUUCGGGUAGCUUUCCACAAGCUUCCCACAAUAAGUUGGGUGAAUUUUGGCCCAUUCCUCCUGACAGAGCUGGUGUAACUGAGUCAGGUUUGUAGGCCUCCUUGCUUGCAAACGCUUUUUCAGUUCUACCCACACAUUUUCUAUAGGAUUGAGGUCAGGGCUUUGUGAUGGCCACUCCAAUACCUUGACUUUGUUGUCCUUAAGCCAUUUUGCCACAACUUUGGAAGUAUGCUUGGAGUCAUUGUCCAUUUGGAAGACCCAUUUGCGACCAAGCUUUAACUUUCUGACUGAUGUCUUGAGAUGUUGCUUCAAUAUAUCCACAUAAUUUUCCUUCCUCAUGAUGCCAUCUAUUUUGUGAAGUGCACCAGUCCCUCCUGCAGCAAAGCACCCCCACAGCAUGAUGCUGCCACCCCCGUGCUUCACGGUUGGGAUGGUGUUCUUCGGCUUGCAAGCAACCCCCUUUUUCCUCCAAACAUAACUAUGGUCAUUAUAGCCAAACAGUUCUAUUUUUGUUUCAUCAGACCAGAGGACAUUUCUCCAAAAAGUACGAUCUUUGUCCCCAUGUGCAGUUGCAAACCGUAGACUGGAUUUUUUAUGGCGGUUUUAGAGCAGUGGCUUCUUGCUUGCUGAGCGGCCUUUCCGGUUAUGUCGAUAUAGGACUCGUUUUACUGUGGAUAUAGAUACUUUUGUACCUGUUUCCUCCAGCAUCUUCAGAAGGUCCUUUGCUGUUGUUCUGGGAUUGAUUUGCACUUUUCGCACCAAAGUACGUUCAUCUCUAGGAGACAGAACGUGUCUCCUUCCUGAGCACUAUGAUGGCUGCGUGGUCCCAUGGUGUUUAUACUUGCGUACUAUUGUUGGUACAGAUGAACGUGGUACCUUCAGGCGUUUGGAAGUUGCUCCCAAGGAUGAACCAGACUUGUGGAGGUCUACAAAAAAGAUUCUGAGGUCUUGGCUGAUUUCUUUUGAUUUUCCCAUGAUGUCAAGCAAAGAGGCACUGAGUUUGAAGGUAGGCCUUGAAAUACAUCCACAGGUACACCUCCAAUUGACUCAAAUGAUGUCAAUUAGCCUAUCAGAAGCUUCUAAAGCCAUGACAUCAUUUUCUGUAAUUUUCCAAGCUGUUUAAAGGCACAGUCAACUUAGUGUAUGUAAACUUCUGACCCACUGGAAUUGUGAUACAGUGAAUUAUAAGUGAAAUAAUCUGUCUGUAAACAAUUGUUGGAAAGAUUACUUGUGUCAUGCACAAAGUAGAUGUCCUAACCGACUUGCCAAAACUAUAGUUUGUUAACAAGAAAUUUGUGGAGGGGUUGAAAAACGAGUUUUAAUGACUCCAACCUAAGUGUAUGUAAACUUACGACUUCAACUGUAUGUCAUUGUUAUAGGAGACACCUUUAACAAAGUCAGUCAUCUUCUUUACUUGGAAUCUUGCUUAACACAUGAAGGCAGAAGGAGGUCAUUGUCUGGGUAUGCAUCUAUAUUUGUGUGUGUGACCCUAACUGGUUUAAUGAAAGCUGUGGGAAUGAAACAAUGGCUGCCUUUAAGCACCAGAAAGCUGCAGAGAGGAGAGGAAGUUGAACGGAUGAAGCAAAAUGUCUUGAGAAAAAUAAUGGCCAUUCUCCACUCUCAUUGACGUCUCUGUAUGCACUAUUGAUACAGCUGAUUGCUUUAUGCAUGUGGUUGAUUGCUUUGUGCAUGCUUGUCUGAGUGUGUGGGCGGGUGUGUGUUUGUGUACCAAUGAUUUGUGUUUGCCUGUCAUAGAUUUACUCAUUUUGUAAAAUAUUAUCCAUUAUCAAUAACAUACAUGUGACAGGUCUAGCUUAGCGGUAGAGUUGCCAGCUUCAGACCACAUGUACUGACCCUGGAGACGGUUCGAUCCCCUGUCCACCUCUAACUUGCAUCCCUCUCAACUGUCUCCCUCUCUCAAGAUCUGUCAAAAACAUUAAAAUACGUCAGGAAUGCGGAAUUACGUUGUCCUUUGGGGAAAUGUUUUUUACACAAGUGUGCGUAUGUGUACACAUUUGACAAGGGUUCUGUGUGAUUGUAUGUGUUCUGACUAAGCUGUGUUCUCUCUGUCUCACCAGGGCUCCACGCUUUAAGGGCUACCAGCAGCAGGACAGCCAGGAGCUGCUCCAUUACCUACUGGACUCCAUGAGAGUAGAGGAGACGAAGGUGAGACUAUAGACCCACAUUACAAACGCCACAUCCUUCUUCCACUCAGCCUAGUACCAUGGCUCCCUCUCUGUGCCAGUGGCCGUGUUUGAGAUCCACACUGACUGAGCAGACCGACCGAUCUACAAAUCGAAAUGAGUAAUUAUUUAGGAUGCCUUUUUUAUUGAUUUAUUUAUUUAUAUAUAUAUUAAUUUUUUUGGUGAUCAGUUAGGCGACUGAGCAGAAUGUAUGCUCUCAAACGCACCCUGUGUCUUGUGUAGUAUGAGCAUGAUGACAUAAAGCUGUUACUCUCUAUGUCAACAGUGUAUAUGAUACCAGACAGACUCCCAGCAGCCAAGCUACAUGUAGGGUGGUGUCCAAGCUAGUAAGAGUACGCAAAAGAACAGGCAUUGUUGUGAGUACAAUUGAGACGCACACUUCAAUCGCCAAUGGAGAGCAGGCUAAAAGCCAUGGGAGACAUUCACCUGUGUGCUUGUGGAUGACAGUGUGCAGGGUUUGGUCUUUGCCUUUGCGCCUCGGCCAGCCAUUGUCUUUUAACCUUAUGGUGCCAUGUUUUCUGGCAAGUGCAGACUGUCGUCGUCCCCCCGUUCAGGAAUUAGGGGGGAGCCCACCACCACCACUAUGGGCCCGGCCCAGGGCUGAGUCAGUUGGCCCCUCGGCCCCACCAGUGGCUCAGCCAGCCUCAAAAAGAGAGGAGAGUAGCGGGUGUGGAGUGGUCAGCCCGGGGCCUGGGACAGGGGGACAAGGGUACAGGCUGGGACUCCCCCCCUGGUUCUUUUUAAACUUGUGAACACUGACAGUUGUGCCACUUAGGGGACUUGCAAGUGGCACGGCGGGCGUCAUUGUGUGAUCUGGGAAACACGCAGCUGUGGGUCGCCCCAUUGUGCUGGAGGGUCACCCCCUCCCCCGCUCCAAUCAGGGAGUCCGAGAGGGAGGGGUGAAGGGGGAGCUGGCCCUAUUCAUACGUUCAUUAUACAUACACUCAAACGUAAACACACGCCACACACACACACGCUUAUAUGCAUUUUACAUUUACUGUCUGAUGAAUUUACAAUAAAGUCACAUAAAUUGACCUGAAAAAAGGUGUAAUGGGUUUGCACUCAAAAAGAUGUCGCAUAAAGCUUACUUCAUUAUUAAAUUCUGUACAUUAUUUUCACUGCAUCAGGGAUAGCGUAUACAGACGUUUCGGCUUUACAGCCGCCUUCAGUGUGUAGGUACAAAGAACAGCCGAUGAGCAGCAGGUGCUUCUAAUCAGGGUUGCCACUCAUCUGCCAUAAAUUGAUCUGCACAGCAUACACAACCUAACAAAUAUUGUGUACACAUAGUAAAAAAAUUAUGACACUUACACAUUUUAUUUACUCAAAACAGAAUUGUAGAUACACUCAUCGUGUUUAGUUUGCACCAACUCAAAUGUCCUCAACUGCACGGAAUCAGCCCAAACAAAUGUGCAAUAAAACACACACACACACUUUGAGUGAAUGGCCAUUUCUCCCAUAGCCUGUCACCACCAACCUACGAGGCCCAAGUGGUUGUGUUGAUUGGCCAUUUAGUAUCAGAAGUCUAAAUAUGCUAAUCGCACACAGUCAAUUAUCACCAAUUAGCUGAGACGUUAGGUAAUGCUCCCUCUCAGGGCAUGGCCUGUCCUUCUUGGCCCAUCUUCAUUUUGUUUCCAUCCCUCCACCCUUUCUUUCCUCACCCCCCUUCCCUUACCCUGAGCCCCUCUCAGUCUUGCGUGGGACAGUACACGCUGUUACUUUGGGUAGGGGGGUCCUGCUGGUGAUUAAUUAGUGUGGGGCUCAGCAGGGUCUGACUGACUAGGGAGAGGGGUACAGGAGGGGUGCAGGGGGGCUACAGAGCUGGGAUUAACCAGGCUUUUGACCUAAAUAGCCAGUCCAGUGCGUGGGUCCGGGGACAAUGGGGGCGACUAGUCGGGUCCACAGACACAGACCACGGCCAAUUAUCUAUUGAUUGGUGUUUUACUGUGGCGGUGCCUCUUCACAGCUCUACUCGCCGACACACUCACUGACCAUGUCACCUUCAAUCACUGCCCACGGCCCCGCCACCGAGACUGUCAGAGACGGCUGGGUGACACACUCCACACAUACGCAGUGUACACACACACACACACACACACACACAAACACACACGGCCGCUGUACACACACGCAGUACCUGCACACCAGCGCACAGUACACACACACACACACACACACACACACAGAGAGCGAGAUGCAAGUGUACAUUCAGAUCUGGAAGAAGUGUGUGUUUGUUUACUAAUGUGUAUUUACAUACACACUAUCAUUUUUGUAGUGGUUUCAAUUCCUUGGCUUCCCAUGGUAGCUGUUAUAUGAAUCAGCCUUUGUUGUAUAAAACCUACAUUUUGUAGUCGCACAUUUUUCUAUCUACUAAGUGACAUUUAUAUGAGAUCAAUUUAGUGUUUGACAUUCCCAGCGGAUCAAAGCGGGCAUUCUGAAAUCCUUCAACAACCCCACAGAGAAGACUGCAGAUGAUGAGACCAAACGCCAAGUCAAAGGUUAAUGUUCUAUUCUGACACAGUAGAAUUGACCUAGAUCAAUAGCCCCAUCUUGUGGCAGCUUUAUUUACUGUUCAAUGGCUUACUAUGGAAAAAUACCUCAACCACAGGAAACACAGAGCAUGUUUCAUGAAUGAACAUAGGCAUUGGUUAAAGUACAUUUAUUCUGAAUGAUUGUAGCUGAACUUUGUUGUUUUUAUUUCCUUUUAUCCCAGCAUACGGGAAGGAGGGUGUGAAGAUGAACUUUGUGGAUCGCAUCUUUGUGGGGGAGUUGACCAACACCAUCAUGUGUGAGGAGUGUGAGCAUGUAAGUGAUUCAUUGCCUGUCCAUUCUGUUUAAGGUUACUGGAAUCUAGGUGCAUUUAGGUAUGUGUGUGGUCAACCAUUGAAGAGUUUGGCUGUAUUCCUUAAUACUUAAUGAUGAUUAAUCAUACAGCUACAGUUAUAAUAAUAUAUGCCAUUUAGCAGAUGCUUUUAUCCAAAGCGACUUAGUCAUUCUAAAUUCAUUUUACGUACAGUGACCCUGGGAAUCGAACCCACAAUCCUGGUGUUGCAAUCGCCAUGCUCUACCAAAUGAGCCACAUGUUUUGUAUGUGUCAUACACAGUUAAACCAUUUAAAAAUACUUCUCAAUGAGAAGUGUUCAUCUUUCUGUAAGGCUAUAGUUGUUCCCAGCUGAAAGCCAUGCCGUACUUUGAUUGUUAGUGAUAUGGAUGCCUGUCCUCUGUCUCCCUCAGAUCUCCACAGUGAAGGAAGCCUUCAUUGACAUCUCCCUGCCCAUCAUUGAGGAGCGGGUGAGCAUAUCUUUGCAUUAGUUUUGCAAUAGUUCCCAGUCCAGAAUACUGCUUCUGACAUGUUGGUCAUAUGUGAUAAGUGUACAGUAUGUUGGUUUCAUCUCUGUCUUUGUGUCAUGUCCUGGUGCUGUUCAGAUGUCCAAGCCGUCCAACACGGGCAGGACUGGGAAGAGCAGUCGGGAGCAAGAAGCUCACGUCUCCCACGGUGACGAGAUGCUUUCGGCAGCGCUCAAUAAGAACAGCAGAAAACUUAGCGGACAGGUGUGUGUGUUCUUUGUGUCUGUGUGUUAGUGUAGUUUGAGUCAGUGGGUGGGUGUGUUUUGCUGACUGUGUGUGUCUACCUCCCUCAGAAGCAGCAGCAGGGCCGGAAGUCCCCUGGCUCUGUGGAAGAGAAGGGGGCAGACAGCCCCUCGGACCACCCCGAGGAGGAGUCCCCCUCCGUAAUGGCCCGUGCCGCUGGAGGUUCCAAAAUGGCCGCCACCAGCAGCCUAUCGGACGGCAGCGAGAAAGACUCUGGCCCUCAGGACAGCAGCAACGAUGCCGACAGCGAAGCCUCAGAGAGCGAGUGGACCCCCCGGCACUCCUCGGGCCACAGCCAUGGUGGCAGAGGGACCACCCCUACCCAGUCUCCCACAUCCGCUAACCCGUCCGCCCUCUCCCCCAGGACCCAGCAGGUUGGUGCUGUGGAGCAGCUGGUCAGUGCAGUGCAUAAGAUGAACCUGGGCCCUGGUUCAGGGGACUCACCCUCCACACACUGUCCUGAGGACCAGGGGGAGCCCCAGCCUCAACAUCCUCAACAGUCUCCUCACCCCCACCACCAGGGGGCAUUCCAGGCCCUGUCCCACAGCUACACGCCCUGCUCCAAGGAAUGCUCCGUUCAGUCCUGCCUUCACCAGUUCACCUCGGUGGAGCUGCUGAUGGGCAACAACAAGCUGUUGUGCGAGAGCUGCACGGACCGCCGGCAGAAACAACUGCGGAAGAGCACCUCAGCAGGUUAUUUAGAACACAUACAGCGUUUGAGAGAGAACUUGUGCUGGUUUGAAAGAGAACCACUGUUGUUAAAGACAAUUUGUUGAGAUCCUGACCUGAUAGUGACAGCAGUACGUGAUAUGGAAAUGCAUAGCUACUCGGCACCUAUCCAUGUCACGCAUUUACACAGAUAUUCAAAUGCAGACAUUUAGGCUACGCUUACUUGUAUCAGGCAGAGCAAUCAUGUAUUUGAAAAAUUACCAUUCACAAAGUGACAUUGUGGUGUCUGUAUGUGCUUAAAGACAGUGGUCUAAAGUACUUAAGUUAUUUUUUAGGGUAUCUGAACAUUACUUUACUAUUUAGAUUUUUGACUACUUUUACUCCACUACAUUCCUAUGGAAAAUAAUGUGCUUUUUACUCCAUACAUUUUCCCUGACACCCAAAAGUACUCAUUACAUUGCGAAUGCUUAGCAGGACUGGAAAAUGGUUAAUAUAAGGAAUGUGGAAUGAUUUAUACUUUUACACUUAAGUAUAUUUUAGCAAUUACAUUUACUUUGGAUACUUAAAAAUAUUUAAAACCAUAUACUUUUAGACUUUUACUCAAGUAGUAUUUUACUGUGUGACUUUCACUUUUACUUGAGUAAUUUUUUAUUAAGGUAUUAUUACUUUUACUCAAGUAUGACAAUUGGGUACUUUUUGCACCACUGCUUACAGAGAAGAAGUCUGACAGGGUGUACACCAGCGCUCGCAAACAGAUGCUGAUCUCUUCGCUGCCCCCGGUGGUCACUCUGCACCUCAAACGCUUCCAUCAGGUUAGCAUAUUAUUUCAUGCGUUAUUGUACACAUCUUUACGUUAUAUAUAUGAUAUAUCAUGUUCAUGUGAAUUACGUUGUGUUCUCCUGUUUAUCUAAAUUGUGGUCAUGGUGUAGGCUAUUACUGUGUCUUAUUGUGUAUCGAUAUAUUUGAGGUUAAUUGUGAUUUUGAUUGUGUGUGUGUGAAGGCAGGGAUGAACCUACGAAAAGUCAACCGUCACGUCAACUUCCCUCUCAUCCUGGACCUGGCUCCGUUCUGCUCGGCAUCCUGCAAGGUACUUACUCUUCUUCACGCGAAAACAGGGACAAUAUCUUUACUAAAAACCUUACACUGAAAUUAAUAUGGGUCCAUGGACACUGUAGCUCAUGUAUUUGUGCUUGUUAUGAAUGGUUGAAAAGAUACAAAUAGCUUAGAUGCUCCUGUUUCUGUCUGAGCUCUUGGCACUGCUCAAUGCCUCAUCCUGAGUUAAUUUGUGUGUGUUUCUAUUUGGGCAGAACCUGGUGGCGGGGGAGCGUGUGCUCUACAACCUGUAUGGCAUCGUCGAACACAGUGGGUCGAUGCGCGGGGGCCACUACACAGCGUACGUAAAGGUCCGCUCGCCCCAGAGGAGAACCGAGCAGCCACAGCGCAGAAACCUGGCAGGUAAGAACUGUCUCUUUCUGUCUGUCCAUAAAAUACUCUAUUCCUUUAGCGAUUUUGUCUUAAGAGUCUAUGUCAAUACGUUUACAUAAAAAAAUAUAUAUAUAUCGACCAAAGCAUGGAAUUGUAUGAUUGUAAAAAGUAUGUGUGUGAAGGCCUAUAUUUGUGUGAAGGCCUCACUCCGUGUAACCUUGAAGGCGGUAUUUAUGAGAGAAAAAGCGCUGUAGUGAAUAUAGAUGUCCGGCGUUAUAUAGAUGUAUUUUCUCCUUUCCCCACUCAAGGAGAGCGCCUGCCAUUCAGCGACGCUCAACUGUAAUGAAAAGGUCUUUAUGACAGAGGUCUGUGUGAGCAGUUGUCCUCGCUGGUAAUUAACUAGUAUAGAACUUGAGGUGACAUUGUCUUGGCAGCAUUGGUGAGCCACCAUAGAGAGGUCAGAGGGGCCUCGGUAACCACUGAUAGAGUUUGUCUCCAUCAAAUGGCAACGCCGCUGUCGCCUACCCUCCUUUCCUCAUGUCAACACAUCCCUUCUUACAACGCUCAUCUUUGUUUCCUCUCAUUUUCUUCUCAUUGCUUUUCCUUUUCUCUUUCGCUUCAAUACAUGUUUUCCUCACCCUGCUGUAACCUUCCAUCAGGUAAAUGCUGAAAUACACUACACGAUCUUUGCCCGGUCUACGGGCUCUAACCAUCGGAGAACCUCUCACAUUUAACGAUUCAGUCAAGCCAAAUCGUAGUGUACACCUGGCGGUCUCCACAGCAGUACGAUUGGAAAACUCACACUUGCCGAUAAUUGCCUGAUUUACGUCCAAAUAUAUUAAACAUAUUUGAAAAUUAUCGGGACACCGUAAGUGCCUGUGAGAGCCAUCAACCGCAAAUGGGGUAUGCGCUUACACGUUACGGGCUGCAGCGUUACGUUUUACUACGGUUUGCUCCAAUUCCCAACGAUUUGGAAAAAUGCGCCGGGAGCCCGUAGAUCAGGCUAAAAACCUGUAGUGUCCGCCUGGUUUAAGUGUAAAAUAGAGCCUGAAGUUUAUCAUUAUGUAAUAUGCUCUGUCUAAUUCAAUUCAUACCAGUGUUGCUAUGAACAUAUCUUUGUUCAUUCUGCUCCUCAUUCUGUCACUGUUUCUGUGGUAAGCUAGCCACAGUCAUUGGUUUCUCACAGUAAUGGCUCCUAGAAACUCUCCAUCUCUUCCCAUUAACCAAAGACCCUUACUGUGUUUCAGGUCCAAGGGAAGCAAGCAGUGCCACACAGGGUCAGUGGGUGUAUGUGAGUGACACCAAUGUCCAGACGGUACCAGAAUCCAGGGUCCUCAACUCUCAAGCCUACCUGCUGUUCUACGAGGAGCUGCUGUGACUGCCAGAGCACAGAGCUGCCCAACAAUCAUUGGUCUCUCAGGAGAGAGAGGAAGAGGAAAAAAGAGAGAGAGACCUGCUUUGGGCAUACCUCUCUCUAAACUUUGACUCCCAAGAGCCUGAAACAUGGCAUGCACUGCAUUAUGGGAUUUGUAGGCCAUCAGGGACAUGCUACCUUGAUGUAUGCUGGACUGCUCAGCAUUGAAGGGUUACCAUACUCUUCGUGUCUCGGUCCACUUACUGAAAGUCCCCAUACAGUUGCUUAUACGUCUGUGAAAGGGAGCGAGAAAGGGAGAGAGUGGCAGAAUAGUAUGUUUAAUUAGCACAAAUUAUACAGAAGAAAAAUGCUAUGUUAUUUAUAUUUUACAGCCUGCUGUGGUGAAUACGAAUUGUAUUUUUUGUAGAACAUGUGAAUGUGUGACUACCAUUAAAUCGUGAUUGCCAAAGAGUUUUUGGUAAGAGAAAUAAUAUAAAAUGAUGGAAAACAUACAAGAAAGACUUAAGUGCCAAAAUAAUGUGAUCUCAAACUAUUCCUGAAAGGAGAGGUCCAUAAUGUGGCUGGCCAUCCGAGUGUGUUUCAGACCAAUACAUUACUGUGUUGGUCGGCACAGUUUUUUUUCCAAUUCUAUUUCUAUUACAUAUGCACACUGGUGCACAAACAAUCUCUAACCACACAGAUAUAAACACAUUGUGAUGUUUAACAAAAGGACAUUGCUACAUAUAUGAUUGCCAGCUCGCCGGACAAUAAACAAUCGUUUUCUUUUCAUUUCAUUUGUCUUUUUAUCCCAUGUUUUCUGCUGUAGUUAAACUAAAGGCAGUGAAUGUGUUGAUCAAUCUUGGGAUUCAAAUGUGUCUUACCAUUUAUGUUAAUCGUUCUGCAAAUAUUUUUGGGGGGAAUGAAAUGGAGAUAUUUUAUCUGUCGGUUGUUGGGAAAUUGCCAAAUUAUUCUGGUGAGGUGAAGGAUUACUAUAAGUAAGGGUACGGUUUGAUUAAUUUAUUUCAAAACAAAUAAAUACUCAGUGCCUACACUCUAGGAUUAUUAUGCUUCUGCAUGUUAAGAACAAAUAAUUACAGUGAACAUAUAUUUGCAUACAGACAGCUUGUGUGAAAUGUGUAUGCAAAACCAUGAGAAUUUGGUGUAUUACCACAAUACAAACUAUGGUGCCUCAGGCUACAGGGUUUUUCUUCAGGCUUUCUUUUCCUUCUGAAAAUGUCAUUCGAUUUCAAUAAGGAACUCGGAACACCAUUGGGUUAUGUGAAGUCAUAUAUAUCGAAGAGAAUAAAUCUAAUUUAUGAAAUGGGAAACCAACAAGGCUCAGCUGGC